CUUUGAAAUCUCUACUUUUGCUUUGUCAGAGCAGGCAGAAUUUUACCCAACCUACUUAAAAAUUGAAUUUUAAAAGAUGUCAGAACCUGAUGAAUUAAGUCUUGUGGAGAGAGUUUUUCUGAGAAUAGGAUCCUCUGAGUCUGAUGAACAACUAGAGAGUUGCUUGGAUAGAUUUCUCCCUGCUGUCUUACUCAAACUCAAUAGCAAGGAUGAGGCUGUACGGAAAAAGGUGAUGGAGUUACUGGUCCAUGUCAAUAAGAGGUUAAAGAGUCGUCCUAAGGUUCUCCUGCCAGUGGAGCAGCUGAUUAAUCAAUACAGGGAUCCACAGGCCACAUCUAUCAUCACAAACUUUUCCAUAAUCUACAUAAGAAUGGGAUAUCCCAGACUGGCUCCUGAUAAACAGGCAGAGUUAGUUCCCUUACUUCUGAAAUGUCUUGAAGGCAAACCCAAUUCACAGCAGGACAGCAUCCUCCUUCUGGUGACUCCAGCCCUGGGUUAUGUUACCAUGCCAACGGAACCUGAGAAGAGGAAGAAUAUGUUUGUUGUUGAGGAGAAAACUCGGACUGACAUUCUAAGUUAUUUCAUGGACGUUCUGCUGCUUCCAUAUAAUGUUCAGGGCAUGUUGAGUCAAAUUUCACGACCAGCAAGUGCUCCAGCUGGAAGCACCCCUAAACCUACCGUACCCCCGGCAAUGAGUGAGUACUCUCUGCGACGAGUAACGGGAGACAACCCAAUGUCAGCAGAAGCCCUGGAGAAGUCUAAGCUGGGGAUCAUUAAGUUCCUGGGGGCGGAACUAUUUCCAGAGAAUGUCGUCAUCUGUCACUACAUCAUUGCUUCUUCUGACACACGUCACAGUGUUGCCACGGCAGCAGAUUUUGAGCUAAAGAAGAUUCAGGGAACAGUAGACUGGAAUGAUUUGGAGAUCAUGAAACAAUUGUUUGGUCUUUUCCAAGGAACCAUGGAUGUCAAAGGGCAGCCUCCAACUAAACCAGAAAUGAAGAGGGCUCCAGCAUCCACCAGAAUCCGACUCAAGAUUUUUCCCUUCUUCCUAAAGUCAAGGGAGGCUGCCGGCAUGUUUCCUUCAUGUGUUCAGGUUAUUUUUGACUGCCUUUAUGGACAGAAUACGAAUGCAAAACUGAAGAACCUAGCAGUACAGUUUGUCCAUCAUGUUUGCUUUAACUGCCCAGAUGCUAAAUUUCAGCCAAUCAGCUCUGUCCUUUUGUCUGGGAUGAUGAAAUUGAUCACAGAGACUAAGGAUGACUCCAGACUCCGCAGCCUGACCUACGUCGCUGUCGGUAAAAUUGUAAGACGAUCUCCACUGCUGGUGAAGAAGGAUAUAGGACUGGCUCAGAAAUUCUUUGAUGCCAUCGCUCAGGAAGAUUCUGAAUCUCGAUUGGCUAUUCAAGAAUCAUUGUCUCUGAUGUCAUCAGCUUAUUCUGAGAUCGACCAAUCAGCCUGCUCACUUAUGGAGGCAUUAAUUACUCAGAAUAUAGAAAAGGAUGAACCCCAGGCAAGGGCUAUGGCAGUUCAGUAUGCUAAGGUUGUGUUCCCGGCAGAUCAUGUACCGUCUCGCUUUAUUCUGUUGUUAGCGUGUGGAGACGUGAAGGAAGACAUUCAGACCGAGGCUCGGAAAGCUUUAUACGGUGAAAAAAAGCGAGAUAAGGACGGUAACGAGAUCGAGAAAGACAACGUAGUCCUGCCAGACUUCUCUCAGAUCAUGAACUUUAUCAACACACAGGCUGAGCAGAGGUCUGCCUCACAGAGACUGCACACAGUUGGAAGUCAGAAGCUACCAUUCUCUCCAGCAGCUUAUGAACAGAUGAUUUUGUAUCUACGUCUGUGCCUCGUCCAUGGCGGGGGGAUUUCCUGUGACACAGAUUCUCUCUCCUCUAUGCAGGAGACGUCCCCCCAGGUGGCGCUAUACGUGGGACAGCUCCUACAGAAGGACUCGAGUGAGAGCGCCCCCGUCAUACUGUACCUCAACUUCAUAAAGAGACUCCUCAGUGCAGUGGGAGGUCCAGUGUCAAUGUUUUGUCUAUUGGAACUGGUGGCAGUUGCAUCAGAACUUUUGGCUCCAAGAUUUGUCUCACAGCUCAACUGGAUAAAGAGCUACGUGUUUUCUUCACGAGAAGAUCUGAAGAGUUACGCCAGUCAGAUGUUGGUAGUCGUCACAUGUUGUCAACCAGAGACAGAUGUCCUGGAAACACUCAAAGACUUUCUGACCAGAAUGUCAGAUAAGAACUUUGAAGUACAACAGGGAUCCAUUCUGGCCCAGGGUUACUUGAUAGGACGCUAUCUUCGAAGUAAAAAGGGAGAAAUGAGUUCCUCUAUCACCACUGUUGUUGUUGACACCAUCAAACAACUAGUGAGCAUCAUUCAGUCUGCUACAGAGCUGAAUGUGACCCUUGUGUCCAGUGCCUGCCUGGCCUUGGGAGAAAUCAGCAGGAACAUGUCAUUACCACUGCCACCUGGCGAGGAAAACGAUGACAAAGGGGAAGUAACCAAGCUCUCUAUACUGAACAUGUUGCUGAAGCUCAUCAAGUCAUCAAGUCAAAACAAUAAAGUAAAAGAGCGUGCUGCCCUUACCAUGGGACAGAUGUGUGUUGGAGAUGAACUCUUUCCUUUCAGAAGGAAAGUUGUGCAGUACUUGAUGGAUUCAUUUCAGCCCAAACAGAUAGAGCUCCACUUGACAACAGCUGAGGCCUUGGUGUUUGCUGCUAUGGGAGUUAACUCCCCUGCUGCUAGGGACAUGUGGACCCAGACAGAGGCUGACUACCAGAGUAGCAUCAGUGCUGUAGAGGAUGAUGUGGGUUGGUACCUUGAUCUCAUUCUGACUAGAUCUAUUGUCAGCUCUAAUCCGCAUCUUAGACAGGCUGCCUGUAUCUGGUUACUAACUCUGGUAAAGAAGUGUGGACAACACUCUGUUGUACAAAAUAAACUCAGCAACAUCCAGUCCGCAUUCAUGGGCAUGCUGACAGAGAAUGAUGAUGUAACACAGGACAUAGCCUCUAAGGGUCUGGGGAUGAUCUAUGAGAUUUCUAGUUCUCAACAGAAAGACUCUCUGGUGGCCGACCUUGUGGAGACAUUGACCACGGGUAAAAGUUCUAAGAAGGAAGUGACUGGGGACACAGCGGUGUUUGAGGAGGGAACCCUGGGGAAAACUCCUGAUGGUGGAGGAAUAUCGACCUACAGAGAACUCUGCUCCAUCGCUAAUGAUCUUAACCAACCAGACCUAAUCUACAAAUUCAUGCAUCUGGCCAAUCACAAUGCAAUGUGGAAUUCUAGAAAGGGUGCAGCAUUCGGGUUCAGCACUAUAGCGGCUCAGGCAGGAGAACAGCUGCAGCCUUUCCUGUCUCAGAUAGUCCCAAAGAUGUAUCGAUAUCAGUUUGAUCCCAAUCCCAAGAUUCAACAGGCCAUGAGCUCCAUCUGGAACGCCCUGGUCAAAGACAACAAAAAUACGGUUGAUACCUAUAUGAAGGAGAUUUUAAGGGAUUUGCUGGUGAAUUUAACGAGUACACAGUGGAGAGUUCGGGAAUCUAGUUGCCUGGCCGUGAAUGAUUUGUUACGAGGAAGACCAUUGGACGAUGUGGUGGAUCAGCUCCCAGAAUUGUGGGAGACUUGUUUACGAGUCAGAGAUGACAUCAAGGAGACAGUGAGAAAUGCUGCUGAUUUGGCUUGUCGCUCUCUAAGUCGAGCCUCAAUAAAGAUCUGUGAUGUAAACUAUGGCAAAAUGGGAGAGAAGGCUACAAGUUUAGUCCUGCCGUGCUUGUUGAAAGUCAGUACACACAGUCCUGUUCCAGAGGUCAGGGCCAUUGGGUUGUCAACAUUGUUAAAAAUCAGUAAAAAUGCUGGCCCCCUGUUGAAACCCCACAUUGCUGUCUUAGUGACUGCCCUUCUGGAGGCAGUCAGUGGUUUGGAGCCACAGGUCAUGAACUACUUCAGUCUCAGAAUUGCAGGAAGUGAAGAGGCCCAGGAAAGGCUGGACAGUGCUCGUAUUGCAGCUUCUAAGAUGUCCCCCAUGAUGGAGACAGUUAACUAUUGUGUACAGUACGUUGACAGUGCUGUUUUGGUUGAGUUGGUUCCACGGUUGACUGAUCUCAUCAAGAGUGGUAUUGGUAUUGGGACAAAGGCUGGCUGCUCCAGUUUGGUUGUGUCCCUUGUCCAUCACUGUCCACUAGACUUAGCUCCACAUGCAGGGAAGCUGAUGAGUGCCUUUUUAUCUGGAUUGAGUGACAGAAAUGCCUCCAUAAGGAAAUCCUAUUCCUCAGCACUGGGUCAAUUAGUGAAGGUGGCUAAAGACAGCAGUGUGGAGAAGCUGAUCAGUCGACUGAAGACCUGGUAUCUGGAGAAGGAAGAGGACUCGGUGAGAUCUGCCUGUGGACUGACCUUGGCUGCCAUCUCCCAGUACAACCCUGACAUCCUGAAGAGACACGCUGCUCUGGCUCUACCACUGGCCUUCUUUGCCAUGCAUGAAAAAGAAGCUGAAGAUAAAGAGAAGACAGAGAAAAAGACGUCCGUGUGGGAGGAAGUCUGGCUGGAUGCUACUCCAGGUACUGAGGCUGGUCUUCGUUUGUAUCUGGAGGAGAUUGUCAGUCUGUUGGGGGACACCAUCACCUCCCAGUCCUGGUCCACUAAAGCCCAGGCAGCGGCGGCCAUGAGUUCCGUGGCCUCCACUCUUAAAGACCGCCUGGGACCCCCACACCUGGGGCACCUACUAAGAACACUUCUGGCCGGACUCUCAGGGCGCACCUGGACAGGGAAGGAGGCUCUACUACAGGCUAUUGAUACAGUCUGUACUUACUGCAGAGAGACCUUACAGAAUGCCCCUGUAGAUGGACAACCAACAAUUACUGAGGUGGUGGAUGCUGUGAUGAAGGAAUGUAAAAAGGAGAACAUUGAGUAUAAAGUAGAGGCCAUGAAGUGUAUGGGGAAUCUGUUAGAGGAAUACAAAGAGGACCGUUUUAAGGAGAUGUGGGCCCUCAUUACACACGUAUUUUGGUCAGAGGCAGAAGAUGAGGAAGAAAAGAAGAAAAAAGAACAACAGAUCCCUUGUUAUUAUGAAGUGUUAGGACAAGCCUGGCCAUAUGAUCACACUACACAAGAUGAAUUUUCCUCUCCAUUCUGUUGUCUGUUGUGCGAGUCUUUACCACAACAUGUAUGGAAAGUCCAGCUCAUCAUUCUUAGUUCACUACACAAAUAUAUAGAAAGGUAUUAUAGAUUUGACUCUGAAGACAUGUUCAUGGGAGAACAGAGGGACACAAAGAUCUGUGAUAUACUGAAGGCCAUCAAACCAUGUAUAGGCAACAAGAAAUACAGUGCAAUAAGGUCACAGGCAUUGGAUAUUGUAGAAUUACUCAUUAAAAAGAUAGAAAGUGUUGGAGCCAGUCCCUCCUCCGUGUUGUCGGUUGUUGAUUUGUCAGAAGAGUUACAGAACCUUCCUAAAGAUCUGACAGAUAGAGGGCGCUCCAUACAACAGAAACUCAAAAUACCAGAACCAAUGGAGACCUCAUAAUGACUGUGAUAACAAAGCAUUCUCUGAUUAAUACAUGUAUUAAAAACUUAUCUUUCCUUUAAA